UUCACGCAGAAGCCAAUCAGUGCCUUCGUGGUUUGCAAAGGUGACUCACGGAGGUGGAGCUUGGCGUGCUUCCAGAGGAGACUGCUGUUGGCUUGGGAGCGUUUAGCGAAAUCAUACCGGCAGGAGCCGGAGUGGUUGGGAAUACCUUUGUCAGCGUAGUUGUAGUGUUUGGGGUGUAAUCGGGUAAACAGUGUAGUGAAAUCUGAUGACUUAAUAAAAUAUCCCCCCAUUCCCUGUCCUAGUGUGAUGGCUCAUGUCUGCUUGAUUGGAAAUGAAGCUACGUUCCAGCUGUCGCCCUUACACGGAGAAGUGUCGCUUGUGACUUGGUAUACAGGUGUUUUACCUGUAACUCUCGAGACAGAAGGCAUCGAGCAGCUGGGAUAGGAGGAGCCGGAGAUCGGUGUGCCUCUGAACGGAUCUUCAGGGAGGUGGUUGCUAAAGUGGAGAGAAAACCGGUUUUGCGAAAUUCCUGCCGGUGGAUGCCAUCGACUAGGUAAAUAAAUGGACCAGUAGGUUCUGCCUUCUCCUUUAAAUGAACGUAGCUUUGAGAUGGUGAACGGAGCAGUUCAUUCUUUGUUUCGGAUUGUUGUUGUACUGUAGCUACCCCUAACUAUGACUUCUCACUUCUGCUACGGGUAUCCGAGUUAUGUUCUGGAAACGGGUCACAAACGCCCCUAGUCUGUGGGAUACAGGGCUCAGUUCGGAUUGUGUGUUUUUUUGCAGCUCAUGACUCUUUGUCUCUCCUUGUUCUCUGUGCAGACAGUGAAGGCAAGAACAGAUGCGCUUCUGGCAUUGAACAGUUGUCUCCUAGCUUGCCCUGUUGUCACAUUAAAGCCACAUUAUCAGUUGCACCCGAGGACAGUAUGGCUGGAAGGCAUCUUUCCGAAGCGAACGAGGAGCACCAGCAGCCCGCGGCUCCUCAGUUGCCCGAGAAUGGCUGUUUAGUGGGCCCAGAACUACCCUCUUCCAGUGUACUGCACGACUUUGAUGGCUGUGUGUUGCCCUUCCUUGGUGGUCUAGCUAAAUAUCAGAAACGAGUCAUACUGUUGACCUGGAUCCCGAUGUUCAUCAUUGGACUUAGCCAGCAUUCCGACACCUUCCUCCUUGCGCUCCCCAAAUUCACUUGCAAAGUUGGAAUUAGUGGCUCUAACCUACAGACACCAGGGCUUCCAGUGACUUCUAUUCACAGUGGCCACCAGGUACAAGGAAUAACUACUACUACGGUCACUACAGCCGGAGUUCAAGUGCCAACCUCUCAGAACAGCGGAAAUGUAAAUGCCAGCCAAUGUCAGUGCCAGGAGUGGAUCUAUGAGGUGAAUGCCGGCCUUAACCGAAAUGUUGUCACUAAGUGGAAUCUAGUUUGCGACUCUUCCUGGAAAGUUGACAUUGCGAAAUUUUCUUUGUUAGUUGGAUCAAUUUUUGGCUAUCUUAUAACAGGCAUGAUUGCUGACUGGUUUGGACGUCGCCCUGUGCUGAUAUUUUCGGUUGCAUUCAUAUUGGUCUUUGGAUUGACUGUGGCACUCUCUGUAGAUAUCACCAUGUUUAGUACGCUGAGAUUUUUUGAAGGAUUUUGCCUGGCAGGAAUAACUCUCUCUCUUUAUAUUAUAAGAAUAGAAAUUUGUCCUCCUGAUCAUCGCUUUAUGAUAACUAUGAUAGCGAGUUUCAUUGCUAUGGCUGGGCAGCUCGUCAUGCCUGGCUUGGCUGUAUUGUGCAAAGACUGGCAGGUUCUCCAGGCUGUCAUCAUCUGUCCGAUAAUCUUGAUGAUCUCUUAUUGGUGCAUUUAUCCCGAAUCCUUGAGAUGGCUAAUGGCUACAUACCAGUUUAAUGCUGCAAAGAAGUGGAUUCUACGAUGCACCCGUGUGAAUAAAAUGAACAUGGAGACAGAGACCGAUGUUAAAAAUGUAAUGCCAGAGCUAGAAAAAGAACUGGUGCGGAAGCCAAAAAAAAUCUGUAUUGUUAAAGUGGUGGGAACCAGGAAUCUUUGGAAGAACAUUGUGGUGCUCUGUGUUAAUUCGCUUACAGGCUUUGGAAUUCAUCACUGUUUUGCAAGAAGUAUUAUGGAACACAAGGAAACAAUGGUUUUGCUGCACAAUUUUUAUGCAGACUACUACACCAGAGCAGCUAUCACCAUUGCAUCCUGCGUGGCUCUGUGCCCUGUUGUAGGAUUUCUUGGUCGACGCGGAGGACUGCUGCUUUUCACAAUUUUUACAGCCCUUGCCUCACUGCUUCAGUUAGGCCUUCUUAACCUUAUUGGAAAAUAUGCCAUGCAGCCAGACUCGGUUGUUAGCGAUACUGUCAAAGACAAGUUUUCCAUCGUAUUCUCCAUAAUUGGAAUGUUUUCUUCACAUGCAGUAGGAAGCCUUAGUAUUUUCUUCUGUGCUGAAGUUACUCCCACUGUAAUUAGAGGUGGCGGUGUUGGUCUUGUUCUAGCCAGUGCAGGUUUCGGCAUGUUAACUGCACCAAUCAUCGAGCUGCAUAAUCAGAAAGGGUACUUCCUGCACCAUGUGAUCUUUGCUUGUUGCACCCUUAUAUGUAUUAUAUGUAUUCUACUCCUUCCAGAGAGUAAGAACCAGCCACUCCCAGAGAACAUUGCCAAUGGAGAGAACUAUACUCGGCAACCUCUGCUGCCCCAGAAGAAAACCGAGCAACCACUUCUGUUAACAAACUCAGAAUUAAGGGACUACUCAGGACUUCAUGAAUCUACACCAGCACUUGAAAGUGUCACAGAAAAUGUAACAGCCAAUGGAAUGAAAACACCAUAGCAUUUCCAGGUUUACAGAAGAUGUUUCUUUGCACAAGAUUAUAUUCUUAUUAACAGAACUAAUCUAAAGCUGCAGCAAGACACAUCUCCACAGACAGUAAUUUUAACAUGUUCUGCUGAAUGUUUAAAUUUAUGUAAUUUAGUAUUUUAUAUUUUAAAGCCAUUCUUCAGUUGAUCAUUUGUUAUGAUGCAGAAGAUCUGCAUUUUCUGUAUUUGGAGUUGUAUUUCCCAUAAGAGACAUUGUCCGACGAAUGGUUAAUUCAACUCGGAGACUAUUUAUAAAAGAAAAAUAAAAUCUGAAUUUGUUGUGCCAGGAAAAUAUUUUCCUUUACUUGAUGGUACUGUCAUGAUAUUUAAAUAAUGUAAUCAUAAGGCUAAUUUGCACAGAGUAUGUAGGAUGUACAGAAAACAGAAAUAAUCAGUGUCAUAAUAAUGUUUUAAUGGUUCCUUGAACCACCUUGAAAAACAGUUCACUCCUAUUCCUGGUCAGUGGCCAGUCUUCCACAAAAACGACAAUGGUAUUAUGAAUGAUGGUAACCUGUGACUGUUUAUUAAGUUCUCUGUCUAGUUUCUGCAGUUUGAUUUAUUUUUGGGUACAGUGUUUUGUGUUGUCUGCAUAGGAAAUAUAUCCUAUACUCUAAGCAGGAAAUGGCAGUAUAUUUAUAAAAUGAUGUGAAGAAAUAAACCUGAUUGGCUGAAACCAAA